CAUUCCCACUAACAUGUCACAUAUGUAAUGUGUGAUGUGACGUGUCACAUGUCAUUUGUAACAUGUUACACACUUCUGUUCAGGUAUACUUGAGCAAGUAAUUAAAUAAAGGAAUAUUAAAAAGUAACAUUUAAUAUGUAACAUGUAAUAUUGACUGUAAUAUAAUGGCAUCGACGCCUCCACCUGUUGUUCUUCUUAGACUUUAUUCUUUCGUUCUUAUUAUCUACAAAUGUAGGGACCCUACUACUUCCACAAUUGUCCCCCUAGAGACUAAAUUCCACAUUUAAAAUGCAGAGUAAUGCUAUGUCCUACCAGCUGACCAUGGCAGAGUAAUGCUAUGUCCUACACACAGAUACUCUGGGUACAAUUAGUUUUAAGAAUUUUACGAAAAACUAAUCCCAAAAAGUCGUCUGUGCCUUUUAAACGUCGAAACAACUGUAUGCCUGUAAGUGUUUAGUUUUAGACCGACAAAUUUAGUUAAGUCGUUUUUGUGUCAUAAGGACAGAGGGACCCUAAACACGAAGUUGAGCUAGAAGGACCUUCAACCAGGACCGUAAUAUCACGACCGUCUCUCUUCACACCACCAGUCAACCUGAACGAAGCGUUAAAACACCGCUUCUCCAUCAUCAGACCAGGCGGGGCGCUGGAGGAGCGGCUCCUCCGUCCCUCAGAGCCGCGGAUCAGUUCAUCUUUUACCGACGAGGAACUCAACCUGACAGAGGGUACUCACUGAUCGAUACGAGGCGACGAAAUCACCGCUUCUCUCUCUAUCUCGCCCCCCCCUCUCUCUCUCUCUCUCUCUCUCUCUCUCUCUCUCUCUCUCUCUCUCUCUCUCUCUCUCUCUCUCUCUCUCUCUCUCUCCAUCCAUUGGUAUUUUCGAGACGCGGAGCUCGUGCUGUUCUGCGGUUCCAAGAUGGCGCUGUCUCCCCCUGAGCUCUACCACACUGAGUUCGUGCGCAGUGCGCGCGCGGUGGGCGUGCUGUGGGGCGUGUGCACCGUGUGUCUGGCCGUACUCCAAGUGGUGGUUCUGGUGCAGCCCGCCUGGGUGGUCACCACGGAGACCAGCUCCUCCGCCUCCGGGACCCUUGGCCUGUUCCAGGUGUGUGUGGAGGGGGACUGGCCCGGUCCGGACUGCCAGGGCUCCCCCUCGGCCCUGGCCCCCCUGCCGGCCUUCCAGACCCCCGCGGUGCUGGUGUGUGUGUCGCUGGGCGCCGUGUGGACCAGCGCCGCCUGCCUGCUGCUCUUCAGGGUCUGCCACUCGGCCGCCGUGUUCAAGAGCUGCGGCUGGCUGCAGCUCACAGCAGGUGUGUGUCUGUCUCUCGCCUGUCUGCUGUUCCUGGACUCCUGGGACUGUGCGGAGAUGAGGGCUCUUUGUGGAGACAGAGUGGGGAGCUUCCAGCCGGGGAACUGCUCGGUGUCCUGGGUGUUCACGCUGGCCCUGCUGGGGGUGCUGGACUCGGUGAUCCUGGCCACGCUGGCCUUCGUCCUGGCCAGCAGACAGGACGCCCUGCUGCCCGCGGAGACCAGGGACCAGAACCUGCUCACUAACCCUUAACCUCUCCUUAACCUCUCCUUAACCCUCUCCUUAACCCUUAACCUCUCCUUAUCCCUCUCCUUAACCCUUAACCUCUCCUUAUCCCUCUCCUUAACCCUGAACCUCUCCUUAACCCUUAACCCUCUCCUUAACCCUUAACCUCUCCUUAACUCUCUCCUUAACCCUUAACCUCUCCUUAACCCCCUCAUUAACCCUUAACCUUGCCUUAACCCUCUCAUUAACCCUUAACCUCUCCUUAACCCCUAACCUCUCCUUAACCCCUAACCUCUCCUUAACCCUCUCCUUAACCCUUAACCUCUCAUUAACCCUCUCCUUAACCCUCUCAUUAACCCUUAACCUCUCCUUAACCCUCUCCUCAACCCUUAAACCUCUCCUUAACCUAAAACCUUCUCACCAACCCUUAACCUCUCCUUAACCCUCUCCUUAAGCCUAAACACAUUCCUUAAUCCACAACUUCUCCCUAACCCUUAACCUCCCCUCAACCCACAAACUCUAUUUGAAACUGUAAUUUAUGUUUUUAUGUGUCUUAUGAAUGAUGUAUGUAUGUAUGCAUGCAUGUAUGAAUGAUACAUGUUUGAUGUAUGUAUGAUAUGCUGCCACUUGCCCCUGUCUCCUGCCCUAUAAGGACCACAAUGGAAAUAAGCCUUAGGGCUUUAUUGUGUCAUCCCUGACUAUCUUUAUUGAUAUAAUGUAUGGCACAGGUUGUUGUUUCAUAUUUUUGUGUCAAGAAUGGUGAAAUAAAAUCUAAAUCUAAAUCAACCCUUAACCCUCUCCUUAACCCUUAAACCUUUUCUUGAACCUAAACCUCUCCCUUACCCUUAACCUCUCCUUAACCCAAAACCUUCUCACCAUCCCUGAACCCUCUCCCUCACCCUUAACCCUCACCCUAACCCUCUCUUUAAAUCUUUCCCAAAUCCUGUUGUCUGUUAAGUUGUAAAUAUUCUGAGCAGAGAAUUAAAGCUAUAUUCUAAGGAC